AUGCCUACGGACAACUCAGGGACGUAUGGUUCGAUGGCGAUAGUGGGUGACUACCAUACGAAUAAAGGCCUAACCUCUGAGACUGGUACUGGACAAUUAUCCAGGAGUUGUGAUGCAACGGGUGGGAGAGGUGCGACUUUAGAUACACCGAAUCCGGGUCUGAGCGCCGGCCGGCUGAACGCUGCAAACUGUGGCCAAUCAAAUUCAAGGAGUUCUAUGGUGGGGACCAAUAAGAAUGCAGGGAUGCGCGAUGCUAAUCAUAGACUAACACCCGUGUUUUUAGUACAACCCACCGAAGACAACGAGACCGUUGAAGCCUUUGUCGAUAGCGGUGGCAUUAAAACAGUCGAGGGUCAUGGCACCAAAGCACACCCACACAUCUGUACCAACACACUCACACAUGCACCCGAAAGGUCGAGAACAGGUGCAAACGCAGCCGAAAGGUCGAGAACAAGUGCAAACGCACCCUCACGCACCCAUACACACCUGCGGACCCACACACACACACACACACGGUCUAGGUCACAUGAGUUGACGUCUGUGACCAUAGCCCCUACACGCAUUAGACCCAGCACACCGACCAAGGGGUCGCAGUCAGGCGAAGUCACAGAGGUGUUUAAAAGUAGAAUCUAUUUUAAAAAUAAAACCGCGCAGUAUCAGGAUGCGAAGACGCCAUGGCAGAAGAGAGACAUACUGUCUCACAGUGGAUCUCUGUCAUCGACAGUCAGGAAUGCACCCCUAAGACGCACGCUUACCCCUCUAUUCUGCAGGUAA